UCAUCAUUAAUCGAAAUCUGACAAUUGAACCGGUUUAACCUAAACUAAAACUUUAAACUUAAACCGAAGAUUGAACCAGAUAAAACCCAAAUCCCUAAAUUCCCUGAAUUCUAUUCCAAACGUCAGUCAGCCAGAAAAAUUUUCGUGCCAUAAUACAGUUUGCUCCCGGCGACUCUGACCUCGCUUCUCCGGCGUCUCCCCGGUUGUGUCGUCUCCACCUCCGUCGUAUCAUCCUCCGACGAGUUCGUGCUCCCGGAGAGUCCGUGUCUGUCGUCUCCCGUCGACCCACGACUGCUCCCGGUGACUCUGAUUUCCUAAAACGUAACCCUAACCCUAAUUAUCUAACUCUCAGUCUCUCACUCGCCACUCGGUCUCUCUCCCACUCGCGAUUUGUUGCGCCUCCGCCCUCCAUCACUCUCGACUCUGGUCGCCUGAAACGCUGAGCUCCUCUUGUGAGCUUUCCGGUUGUCGUCGCCUGAGCUUCAGCCUCCAUCAUCGCCGUGCUCUCUGUUCGUCCGCCUCUUCUCUCUCUCGGUUGUCUUCGCCUGAGCUUCUCCCUCGUCGCCUUGCGCUUCUCCCUCGUCGCCUUGCGCUUCUGUCUUCUCCCUCGCCGUCUGUCUUCGCCGCUUCUGUUCGACCAUUUUCUUUCUCUCCCUCGAUUCUGUUGUCGAAGAUAUUGACGAAAGAGAUGAGCCUUGUGAGUCCUGAUUCUCCUCUUCACUCGUCGAACAGUGACGAUUUCGCCGCCAUUAUCGAAGCGGAGCUUCAGUCUGGUUCUGAUUCUUCUGGAUCGUCGCCCAAUGAAGAAACCGGGGACGAGGGUUAUGAAUCCGAAGAUUCGGAGCUUGAUAGAUCCAAAAGGCGCAGGGUUGAACACUCUGGGACUGUUGAAGAGAUUCAGAGUUCGGCUUCAGUGGAAGAAAAAGCAGUAACGAGCUCGAGCGUAAACGAGUGCGAGCAUCCGGGCUCGUUCGGAGGUAUAUGUUUUGUCUGUGGGCAAAAGUUGGAGGAAUCUGGUGUUGCCUUUGGGUACAUACACAAGGGUAUAAGGCUUGAUCCUGAAGAAGUUGCUAGGUUACGUGAUUCGGACAUGAGAUUUUUGGUACGUCGUCGGAAGCUGUGUUUGGUUCUCGACCUAGACCACACGUUGCUCAAUUCUACCACCCUUAUGCAUAUGACACCUGAGGAAGAUUACUUGAGGAGCCGAGCACAUUCUCUCCAAGAUGUGUCGGGAGGAAGCCUAUUCUUGUUGGAGUUUAUGCACAUGAUGACGAAAUUGAGACCCUUUGUCCGGUCAUUUCUGAGUGAAGCGAGUGAGAUGUUUGAGUUGUAUAUAUACACGAUGGGCGAUAGGCCUUAUGCCCGGCAAAUGGCGAAGCUCCUCGACCCGAAAGGAGAGUACUUUGGUGAUCGGAUCAUUUCCCGGGAUGAUGGUACGGUGAAACAUCAGAAGAGUCUCGACAUUGUGCUGGGGCAAGAAAACGUGGUUUUGAUUCUUGACGACUCAGAGAAUGCUUGGCCGAAGCAUAAAGACAAUCUGAUCUUGAUGGAGAGGUAUCACUUCUUUGCAUCGAGCUGCCAACAGUUUGGCCACAACUUCAAGUCUCUUUCACAGUUGAAGAGUGAUGAAAGUGAAACUGAUGGAGCACUUGCAACUGUCCUUAAAGUCCUGAAACGAGUCCACGGUCUAUUCUUCGAGGGCAUUAACGAUGACAAUCUUUCUGAUAGAGACGUGAGGUUGGCCCUUAAGGAAGUGCGGAAAGAGAUCCUGAAAGGAUGCAAAAUUGUCUUCAGCCGGGUAAUCCCGACCCACUGCAAACCCGCGAGCCACCAUCUGUGGAAGAUGGCCGAGCAACUCGGGGCCACUUGCUCAGGGGACGUGGAUCCAUCGGUAACACACGUCGUGGCUACGGAUGUUGGAACAGAGAAGUCUAGGUGGGCGAUGAAAGAGAAGAAGUUUCUGGUUCAUCCGGGGUGGAUCGAGGCAGCCAAUUUCUUGUGGCAGAAACAAGAUGAGGAUAACUUCCCCAUCGAGCAGCCGAAGAAGCAGUAAUCUAUUCGGAUAAAACGCCAUUCUAACGAUCGGCAUGUGCAUAAUUAGCUGAUGAUGAUUUUGAUUUUGAUUUGAGAUUAAUCCCCCGUUUUGUCUCGCAGAAUACAAUGUAGUUUCUCUGUUCAUUAUAGUUGUCGUUCAAGUGUUUCA